AUGAGUCUCUCUGAAUAUAAGAAACAACUUAAAGAUUGCUUAUUUGAGAAUGACUUUAAAACACUUGAAUCAUUGAUGUGUACCCAAAAAAGCGAAGAAGUAAAAGAUUUAAUAGAUUUAUUCAAUACGCCGUCGCAAUUUUCUUUAUUUACGAACAACAAGUACAAAGAACUUCCAACAGAAGGAUUAUCGUUAGUUCAUAUUGCUUGCUACUUAGAUUCCGUAGAAUGCUUAGAUUCUUUAAAAAAAAUUUACAAAGAAAACCUUUCAAACAUCACAACUGCCAAAAAUACCAAUAAACCCGGCAUAACAGGUACUUACAAACCAAUUCACUAUGCUGUAUUGGGCGGUAGUGUAGAAUGCGUUUAUUACUUAUUAAAUGAAGGAAUAGACCUGAAUGAAGUCAUAAAAGACACAAGAUCACCACUAUACAUCGCUAUUGUCAACAAUGACCUUGAAAUGGUCGAAACUUUAAUAGAUAAUGGAGCAGAAAUUCCUCCAUACCAGCCACAAAAUAUUUUCGAUCCAAUUAAAACGGCCACAUUAAGUGGAAACUUCAAACUUUUAGAAUAUCUACUUAAUAAUUACCAACAAACAGAAGGAAUUUUAACAUCUGUUGUUACAUUAGCAGUUCAGCUUAAUUUAACAACUGCAAUACGAGGUUUGAUCGAAUGUGGUUCAUUUGACCCUAAUUAUGAGAAUCCAAAUGUCGAAGGACCUUUAAUUGCCGCAAUUAAAAAUAAGAAUUUGGAAGUUAUCAAGAUUCUCUUAGAAAAAGGUGUAGAUGUAAAUAUACCAUUCGGUUAUGAAAGAAUACAUCCAAUACAUUGCGCAGUUUUAUUCAAAGAUAUUGAAAUUAUUGACUACUUACUCAGCCAUUCUGCUGAUCCUAAUGCUGCUGACUUAUACAAGAACACACCGAUAUUCUAUGCGUUAAAGUUAGGUAUUGAACAAAAUAAAAAUAAUGGGAAAAUUGAUUUUCCUAUAAUUGAAAGAAUAAUAGAAAUUCUUAUAAACUAUGGAGCAGACAUUAAUCUAGGAAGAGAAUCAAAGCAAACUCCGCUUCAAUUUGCUUUAGAUAGUCCAGAACUUUGUCAAAAAGAUUUUAUUAAUUUUCUAAUCCAAAAUAAGGCAGAUCCUGAUGCUCCAUAUUAUGUAGUUGAUGUUAAUGAUCCCCAAAAAUCAGGAUCUAAGUAUUCAAUUAAGAAUUCAAUUUUAUAUAAUAUGAUUCAAGUUCCAAAUGAAAUUUCAAAUAUUUUCAAUCCGAAUAAGAAGGAAGAGAAUGAAAAUAAGUUAGAAAAAGAAAAAGGAAACAAAUUUGUAAAAGAUUUUAAAGAUUUAUUCAAAAAUCUUAAAGAAAAAUCAGAAAAACAAAAACAAGACAAACCCGAAAAGAAAGGUAUUCUUGGAUCACAAUCCGGUGGCAUGCCAUCAAAAAUUAUGCAGCUUUCUUCUAAAUUUAAAGAGAAACCACUUCAAACUAAUCAAUCAGUUCAGCUAAAGCCAUUGAAUAUUCAUACAAAUAAUAAUAACAAUGGUCUAAUUCGUCAGAUUAGUACACCACCAAAUAUAGAUGCAUUACAAGGACAACAGCUUUUGAAUAAGAUUCAAAGACAAGGAACGAAAAUUGAAAGACUUGGAUCUAAGUCAAAUCCUGUUCAAUUUAUUAAUGAUCAAUUUGGUUUGCAGUCGAAUCAGCCACAACAAAAUGGUCAUUACACACUUGGCCAGCCACUCAAAGCGAUGCAAGAUAAAGGAAUCAAUGGAUCACAAUUAAAUCCACAAAAUUCUUUAUUCCUAAUGAAUCAACAACAAAGAUUGCAUUAUAUGGCUAAUCCACAAAAUAUUCAGUCAUAUCAGAAUAAUAAUGGCUUGCAAAUGAGACAAUUUAAUCAAGGAUUACAAAUGAGUCAGCCAACCCAGAGUUUGCAAACGAUUCAACAACAAAGAUUACAACCGAAACAGCCAACACAAGGAUUACAAAUAAAUCAAUCACCCCGUGGAUUACAAAUGAUUCAACAACAAAGAAUGCAAAUGGGUCAACUAAAUCAAGGAUUACAAAUGAGACAACCAACUCAGAACUUGCAAAUGAGUCAACCAAAUCAAAGUUUACAAAUUGGUCAGCCAAAUCAAGGAUUACAAAUGAGUCAGCCAAAUCAAGGAUUAUUACAAAUGAUUCAACAGCAAAGAAUGCAAAUGGGUCAGCCAAAUCAAGGAUUAUUACAAAUGAUUCAACAGCAAAGAAUGCAAAUGGGUCAGCCAAAUCAAGGAUUAUUACAAAUGAUUCAACAACAGAGAAUGCAAAUGAGUCAGCCAAAUCAAGGAUUACAAGUGAGUCAGCCAACUCAGAAUUUGCAAAUGAGUCAGCCAAAUCAAGGAUUACAAGUGAGUCAGCCAACUCAAAGUUUGCAGUUGAAUCAAAUCAGAGAUCAAAUUUUGGGCCAAUCACAGCAACAUAAUCAAAAUAUUCCUCAAAUGUUCCAACAAGGAUUUCUUCAACAGAGACAACAAAACCAAUCUCAAUUUGAACCCCAAUAUAAGCAACAGCAAGUCAUCUAUUAUCAGAUGAUGCAGCAAAAAUAA